GCGUUGCAUGCUGAGACUGUACUGGAGUUACAGAAAACCAGAAACCUUCUUCUGCUGGAGCACCAGAUCAGUAAAGACCUGAAGAGUUGAACACAGUCAGCCAGAAGAUGGAGAGAGAGAGGGAGGAGAGCAGGAGGAGGAUGGCAGAGAAAGACAAACUUUUAUCAAAAAGAGCUCUACAGAUCAACACAUUACAAGCUCAGCUGAAAGAGUUAGCGUACAGCCCCAGGAACUAUAAACGCACCAUACCAGUACAGUACACCUGGUCAGCUGGAGAUCAGGAGGUGGUACAGCCCAUUGAGGACGACUUGUCUUUAUCCCAUCUGAGACCUGGGGAGUCAUUGUUGGAGAUCCAUCUUAAGGCUGCCACCUUCACCCCAGCAGGACUUCGGACUAUGGGUAGCAUGUGUCCCAGAGUGGACAGAGAUGAGGACAUUGUGACCUUCUGCACCUACAGUCUCCUGGACUUCGAGGUGCACUCCACUCCUCUGGUGUCAGGCAGUCAGCCUAACUAUGGCUUUACAUCCCGCUACGCUCUCACAGCCCGUGAUCUGGGCAGGCUGGGAGGUCAGGGGUCAAGGGUCAGAGUGGAGCUCCACCAGGCAUUAGGAGGGGCCAGGUUCGUAACCCUUGGAAGUGGGCACAUGUCUCUUAUGGGUCCCAUGAAAAGGAGAGGGCAGCGUACUGGUGGAUGUCUUAACAUCAUAGGCCUUGAAAGUGAAAUUGUUGGUGUUGUGGAUUUCUGGGUGCGCCUGUUCCCUCCUGCAAAGCCCAUGGACAGUGUGGUAGAGGGGCCAGCUGAAAGAAGAGCGACACAGAGGAGUCCUAUGCAGAUCUCUUAUGGUUGGCAAGACAGCGGUCAAGAACAGGAGUUACAUGACUAUGGUGGAGGGAUCCCCAAUGAGUUGGUGGUUAUGCUGGAGCGCUGUGUGGGCCUUAACGCUCGCUGGCCAGGCCUCCUUCCUGAUGCCUACCUGACAUACAGGUUCUAUGACCUGCCGCCUCAUGUCUCUCAGACAGUCCAGUGCACCGCUGACCCAGUGUUCAACGAUGCCACCAGCUACCCACUGGCAAUAUCUACUGAUGUGCUACACUAUUUGAGAUCUAGUAGUCUCUGGGUGUAUGUAUUUGAUGACAGCGAUGACCAGAUGCCAUCAGCCUAUCUGGCCAAGACCCCCAUCCCACUGCGAGCCCUGGCUACAGGCAGAGAGAUCAGAGGUGACUAUGUUCUGAGGGAUCCAGCUGGGGGACCUCGGGGCAUGGUUAGGGUCAUGAUAAAAUGGAAGUACCCCUUCCUACCAACACUGGACACCCUGCUGGGGAGACAAAGAAGAGCAGUGGAGAAGCAGGGUAGAGCAAUGGGAAGCAGCGAGAGGGAGGGGAAAAGGAAAGAGCUGUCUGAGGUGCCACAGAGGUCUACAGCCAAGCCCAAAGUCAAGACAAGGCUGCUGGAACCAAGUGAAAUGAAGGAUGCACAAAAAGAGACAAAAGCUUGGCCUCGGCCUCCACCUGUCAAACACAAUAAUUCACAGAACAUACAUCCUGAACAAACACUCCCUGUGAAACUGCUAGCCACUCAUCAGUCCUCACACAGGAAGAGAUCCACCAAGAUGUCACCUGUGCUUUACCCAGGUACAACCCACCUGUUCCCUGAGCCAAGACUGACCACACCCGCUGAUUUACCAGCUAGGAAAUCUUCAGAGGCAGCGCCUUCCAGACAGUCACUGACCACACUGUCCAGGAGAAGAUCUGCUAGUGAUGCCAGGAUUCUGGACGUUCCCUCUGUGACUCAGGUGUCAGUGGAUGAAGAGGAAGAAGAAGAGGAAAGGAGUGAGAAUGCUGCUGCAGGAGACAGUGAAACGCCAGAAUCAUCAGAGUCAAGUUCCUCGCAAAGUGACAUAAUAAUCAUCGCACCUAAACGAAAACAGAGAAAGGGAGACAAGCUGAGAAUUGAGAUCCUGUCCCUGACAUUUGAACCAUCCUCAAGCGUGGCGAUGGACGAGUCAGUGCACCGUGUUUAUGUGGAAUAUCGGCUGCUGGGCGUCCCAGUGGAGAUGACAGAAACACCCAUGUCCCUCCGCAAACCCACACAGGGGGAGGAGAUUCACUACAACUUCACACGAGUGAUCUAUGUGGAUGGUUCGCAGUCAGCUCCACUCAGACACUAUCUUUACACCAUGCUGGAGGGCACUGACCCCACCCAGGGCAGGUUAAAGUUCACAGUAGUCAGUGAGCCAAUGGAUGAUGACAAGGAGUGUGUGGAUGUUGGACAUGCCUUUGUGGACCUACAGGAACUGCUGCUCACAGGAAAUGAUGUCAUCGAACAACAAAUUGACAUCGUGAGUGUGGAUGAAGACAGGGAGGUGAUAGGAAAUCUGAAAGUGUCUGUGGAAGCAGCAAAAGCUCUGACUGGGAUAUACCAGGAAUUUCACCAAAAAGAUGACACUAAGAAAGAAGACAAGACAGAUGAAGAAGAGGAGGAGAAGCACAAAGAGAAACAAGUGGAAGAGAUGAAAAAAGAUCAGAUACAAGUGAUGGAUUAUGAUGAUAACAGUGACUUCUACUGAAAGUAGAGUGUGAGAUGAAGAGCACAGACAUUAGUUUAUGCAGUUGUCAUUGUUAUUAAAUAUUGAUUAUAGCUGUUAAGAAUAUGUUUUGCACCAAGCAAGGACUGUGGAUUAUGUCAUUAAAAUACUAGU